AUGUAUAUAGAUAUAUAUAUAUAUCAAUGGCUCACGGGCAAACGAAACCAGACCUCCACAACGAUGUUCCCCUACCACCAACUGCUGCCGCUCAACAAAAACCAUUCGAAACGCCCAAGGCGCAAGUACAACGAGAUUGAGCGUUUGUACGUGUGCAACUGGCACGGCUGUUCCAAGGCCUAUGGCACCCUCAACCAUCUCAACGCGCACGUUGCGGCCCAAGGCCACGGCUCCAAGCGCGCCCCCAGCGAGUUCAAGGAGCUGCGACGCAUGUGGAAGGAGCAAAAGAAGGCAAAGCUCAUCGAACAGCAGUACGGACACGUCCCCCAGCUACAAGGCUCGUCGGCAGUAGUCCAGGGCCCCUCACAGACCGGACCUCCUGCUCCGGGCAACGGCUACUACCCGUACGGAUACCAGAAUGGCCAGCAAACCACGCCCGUGACCCAGCCACAGAGCUACUAUCCCCAGAGACUCGCUCCCAUCCAGAGUCACUACACGUACGACAAGAAGGACGGCGAACCCAUGGUGCCUACCAGCGCAUCACCGAAUUUUGCAAACUCGGGCGUAGGCCAGGUGAUGGCUACCGUCAACAACACAGCUGUGGUUUCCGGCCUGACAACGCCCGUCACGCCGUCAAACUCCACUACAGUGGCCGCUACGGGCUCGGCGCAACCAGGAUACAACUACUACAUGGAUCAGUCGCAAUCGGCACAGCAAAAUCAGUACAUGAAGUACUACCCCAAGCCGACGUCGUCGUACCAGUACGGCGCCGCUACAUCACAGUACGCGCGCGCAGGCACGGAUAUGGGUUAUCAGGAGUAG